AUGGAAAAUAAAAAGAAAGACAAGGACAAAUCAGAUGAUAGAAUGGCACGACCUAGUGGUCGGUUGGGACAUAACACUCGAGGAACUGGUUCUUCAUCCUCUGGAGUUUUAAUGGUUGGACCUAACUUUAGAGUUGGAAAAAAAAUUGGAUGUGGGAAUUUUGGAGAACUACGAUUAGGGAAAAAUUUGUAUACAAAUGAAUAUGUGGCCAUUAAAUUGGAGCCCAUGAAAUCCAGAGCACCACAGCUACAUUUGGAAUACAGAUUCUACAAGCAGUUAGGAUCUGGAGAUGGUAUACCUCAAGUUUACUAUUUUGGCCCUUGUGGUAAAUACAACGCUAUGGUGCUGGAACUACUGGGACCUAGUUUGGAAGAUUUGUUUGAUUUGUGUGACAGAACAUUUUCUCUUAAAACGGUUCUCAUGAUAGCUAUCCAACUGAUUUCUCGCAUGGAAUAUGUCCAUUCAAAGAACUUGAUAUACAGAGAUGUAAAACCUGAGAACUUCUUAAUAGGCCGGCCGGGAAACAAAACCCAGCAAGUUAUUCAUAUUAUAGAUUUUGGUUUGGCAAAGGAAUAUAUUGAUCCAGAGACAAAGAAACACAUACCAUACAGAGAACACAAGAGCCUUACAGGAACAGCUAGAUAUAUGAGCAUAAAUACACAUUUAGGGAAAGAACAAAGUAGAAGAGAUGACUUAGAAGCGUUAGGUCACAUGUUCAUGUAUUUUCUGAGAGGCAGUCUUCCUUGGCAAGGUUUAAAGGCUGACACAUUAAAAGAGAGGUAUCAGAAAAUUGGAGAUACAAAACGAGCCACACCAAUAGAAGUGUUAUGUGAAAAUUUUCCAGAAGAAAUGGCAACAUAUCUUCGUUAUGUAAGAAGGCUAGAUUUUUUUGAAAAACCAGAUUAUGACUACCUAAGGAAACUUUUUACUGACUUGUUUGAUCGAAAAGGAUAUAUGUUUGAUUAUGAAUAUGACUGGAUUGGUAAACAGUUGCCUACUCCAGUGGGUGCAGUUCAACAAGAUCCUGCUCUGUCAUCAAACAGAGAAGCACAUCCACACAGAGAUAAGAUACAAUCCAAAAAUCAGUCGACAGACCACAGGGCAGCUUGGGACUCCCAGCAGGCAAAUCCCCAUCAUUUGAGAGCUCACCUUGCAGCAGACAGACAUGGUGGCUCGGUACAGGUUGUAAGUUCUACAAAUGGAGAAUUAAACACAGAUGACCCUACUGCAGGACGUUCAAACGCACCCAUCACAGCCCCUACAGAAGUAGAGGUGAUGGAUGAAACCAACUGCCAGAAAGUGUUGAACAUGUGGUGCUGCUGUUUUUUCAAACGAAGGAAAAGGAAAACCAUACAGCGCCACAAAUGACUCUGGACACAGACAGAUCAUGGGGAGUUACUUAUGUGUUCAUCUGCUGUCUUGUGAUUAAAAUCAUCUCUGUAGUGACCACAUAUAUUUUCAAGGACUCACUCUUAGAAACAAAAAUGUCAUACUUUCAUACUUCAUUUUGUGGUUGUCUUACAGUCAUUUUUUUUUCUCCUAAUUUAACUUUUAUGGAAGCUUUAAAGUUUUGUCGAAACAUGAGUGCUUUGCCCAUCAGUGAAUGGAAUGGACCAAUGAGGUGGUAUUGAUGACUUACACAGUUCUAUAGAAUAUUUUUCAGAAGCUCUCCUCAAGUUAUAGAAAGCAGUACAGUAUCUGAAAUGUCAACCAGUUAUAUACCUAACCUGGUUUUUUUUUUGUAACUUCUGUAAGAGCAUAAUCAAACAGGAAUUUUCUCCCGGUGGAUAA